AUGGAAAAAUUGAAAAAUAUAAAUUAUAUACCUUUGAGUUUUAUUAAAAUCAGCAAUAAAUGGAAAGAAAUUGACUUUAGUUAUGAUAGUAGUUUAAAAUGUUGUGAGAAUGAAUGUAUAAAUACAAACAAGCCUGAUGGGAAGUGUAUUGAAGGGAAUGGAUUUGUUAAUUUAAUUAAUGAUGGAAAUACUAUAAAAUAUGUUAAUUUUGAAGGAAAAGGUAAAGAAUAA